GCGCGUAAUGGCAGCGCCGUGCCCUCGCGUCCAUCUUUACCGCUCUCUGGGACCUGUCACAAAGGAGUCGCGUAGCCGCGGCCGUCGCCGCCCCCUUCCUCGAGUGGGCCUGGGAGCUGGAGAAAGUCAGUGCCGCAGCCCAGCUGCGCUGCUCCGGAAGCGCCUGGGGACGCGGAGCCGCGGGGCGUCUGAGGGCUGGGGACGGCCGUGAGGGAGGGGAACAGCCGGCCGAGUCUGCGGCGGGGAGACCGGCCUGAGGCCGGGGGAGGCUCCGGGAAGGGACCCGGGAGGAGGUGGCGGUGGGCAGAGCCCAGGAAACAGCCCAGAGAUUCUCUACCGAGGCCGCGCUGAAGGCGCCUGAAGAGGUUCCUGGAAGAGGGUGUUCCCCUUUUAGGGGGUUCCUGACCAGAAGAGGUUCUUGGGGGUCGCCCUUCUGAGGAGGCCGCGGCUACAAGGGCCCAGAACUGCCGCUGGAUGACCAGGAUUCCCUGUAAGUGAUAAUGUUGGAGAUUAGCUUUGCAACUUUCUUCGGCAUUCAAUUGUUAAAAACAAAUAGGAUGCAAGUUCCUCAACUCCAGAUUAUGAAAACAGUACUUGGAAAACUGAAAACUAUCUAAAUGAUUGUCUUUGGUUGGGCCGUGUUCUUAGUGAGCAGAAGCCUUGGCCAGGGUCUGCUGUUGACUCUUGGAGAGCACAUAGCCCGCUUCCUGGGGACUAGAGGUGCCACUGCUACCAUGGGUAACUCCUGUAUCUGCCGAGAUGACAGUGGAGCAGAAGACAGUGUUGACCCCCAGCAGCAACAGGCUGAGAACAGUGCGGUACCCACUGCUGGCACAAGGAGCCAACCCCGGAACCCUGUUCGGCCGCCAAGGAGGGGCCGAGGACCACAUGAGCCAAGGAGAAAGAAACAAAAUGUGGAUGGGUUAGUGCUGGACACACUGGCAGUCAUACGGACUCUUGUAGAUAAUGAUCAAGAACCUCCCUAUUCAAUGAUUACGUUGCACGAAAUGGCAGAAACAGAUGAAGGAUGGUUGGACGUUGUCCAGUCUUUAAUUAGAGUUAUUCCAUUGGAAGAUCCCUUGGGACCAGCUGUUAUAACAUUGUUACUAGAUGAAUGUCCAUUGCCCACUAAAGAAGCACUCCAGAAAUUGACUGAAAUUCUCAAUUUAAAUGGAGAAGUAGCUUGCCAGGACUCAGGCCAUCCCGCCAAACACAGGAACACAUCUGCAGUCCUAGGCUGCUUGGCUGAGAAACUAGCAGGUCCUGCAAGUAUAGGUUUAUUUAGCCCAGGAAUACUGGAAUAUUUGCUGCAGUGUCUGAAGUUACAGUCCCACCCCACAGUCAUGCUUUUUGCACUUAUCGCACUGGAAAAGUUUGCACAGACAAGUGAAAAUAAAUUGACUAUCUCCGAAUCCAGUAUUAGUGACCGGCUUGUCACAUUGGAGUCCUGGGCUGAUGAUCCUGAUUAUCUGAAACGUCAAGUUGGUUUCUGUGCCCAGUGGAGCUUAGACAAUCUCUUUCUAAAAGAAGGUCGGCAGCUGACCUAUGAGAAAGUGGACUUGAAUAGCAUUAGGACUAUGCUGAAUAGCAACGAUGUCAGCGAGUACCUGAAGAUCUCGCCUCAUGGCUUGGAGGCUCGCUGUGAUGCCUCCUCUUUUGAAAGUGUGCGUUGCACCUUUUGUGUGGACGCUGGGGUGUGGUACUACGAAGUAACAGUGGUCACUUCUGGAGUCAUGCAGAUAGGCUGGGCCACACGAGCCAGCAAAUUUCUCAAUCAUGAAGGGGUUGGGAUGCUGGACAGCAGGAGAAAGGACAGUGUCCAGCUCACGGGGAAGGAUUCAAAAUAUUCCCUGAAUGACAAGCUAUGGGAAGGCUAUGGCAUUGGGGACGACGAAUAUUCCUGUGCAUACGAUGGCUGCCGGCAGCUGAUUUGGUACAACGCCAGAAGUAAGCCUCACCUACACCCGUGCUGGAAAGAAGGAGACACAGUAGGAUUUCUGUUAGACUUGGAUGAAAAGCAAAUGAUCUUCUUUUUAAAUGGCAACCAGCUGCCUCCUGAGAAUCAAGUCUUUUCAUCUACUGUAUCUGGAUUUUUUGCUGCAGCUAGUUUCAUGUCAUAUCAACAAUGUGAGUUCAAUUUUGGAGCAAAACCCUUCAAAUAUCCACCAUCUACGAAAUUUAGCACUUUUAAUGACUAUGCCUUCCUAACAGCUGAAGAGAAAAUCAUUUUACCAAGGCACAGGCGUCUUGCUCUAUUAAAGCAAGUCAGUAUCCGGGAAAACUGCUGCUCCCUGUGUUGCGAUGAGGUAGCAGACACACAGUUGAAGCCAUGUGGACACAGUGACCUGUGCAUGGAUUGUGCCUUGCAACUGGAGACCUGCCCAUUGUGUCGUAAAGAAAUAGUGUCUCGAGUCAGACAGAUUUCUCAUAUUUCAUGACACAUGUGAAGAGGCGUCAUGGACUUAUUUCUACUCGAUUCCAGCCAAUGUCAAAGAGAAAAACAAAGAAAAAAUAAUCUCAGAUCAGUUGUACGCACAUUGAAACUUAUAGCCAUGGCCAGAUUUUAUGCUAAAAAUGGUAGUUUGUCAAAGACAAAAUUCUCUUAGAAUCUAACCCAACUUGCCAGCCCUGAGAAAUUCCUUUUAAGGCCAAGGAAAGCUAAAUGCUAACAGCUAGGCCUGUGGUCCUUCCAUGAACAACAGUAGGAGACAAUGCCCUCCUGAGUGCUGAAACCACACUGGAAUUCUCCAUGUUGGGUUCAUUUGAUUGUUUAACACAGGAUGUUUUGUCUCAUAUUCUAAAGUUUUUAUUUUGGGCAGAAGUCAUUAUGGAGAAGUAAAUGACAGUGUUUCUGGGUUGAACAUAACUUCCCAUUGAUCAGAGAGACACGUGGAUAUUGCACUGCAAGACUUGAAUCUAUUAAACUAGAAUCACACAGGUUGAUACUACAAGCAACAUGGGGGGCCUGAAAGAAGGUGCACAGACUGUAGAAAAAAACCCCAAAUUUUUGAUAUUUCACUGAUUCCAAAGAACAUUCUGGUUUUUUUUAACGGCAAAAAAUUGGUGGUAUUUUCACAUUCAUGGUGUUUCUAUCCAAUUUCAGUACCCACAUUUUGUGAGGAAAAAUGUUUUAACGCAGGAGGAAUUCUUAAAUUAAUUGCAAUGUUAGACUAGACUGGAGAAAAUUUGGUAUUUAGGAUAUUUUUAAGGUACCAUCAAAUCAGGUUUUUUGUUUUUUGUUAAAAAAAAAUUUUUUUUAAUCAGUAUUGUUUUUGGAAGUAAUAUACUUUGAAACUGUUGAACUAAUCGUCUCAAAAACUCUUAGAGGACAGUCUGAGAGCACGAAUUCCUGUUGUUUUAAAUAAAUACAUGUUUUUGAAUAGUAAAUUCAAUCAUGGAUUGUUGACUAUGUCUUCAUCAAAAGUGUUAAUCCCUCUCAGGGUCUCUGGUGAAGACCUUCAAGACUUUGGUUUUUUCUCCCAGAAAAUUGGAAGGUAGAAUUGUAAAUUCAUAGAACUUAUUUUAUAAUGUUGUACCUCAGCAGCUGCCUUUCAAUUUAUGCCAAGUCCUUACUGAGUUUAUACUUGAAUAGUAAAUAUGUCUUCUGAGUUUUACAGUGUCUUAAACUCAAUGCACAUUUUUUCCUUCCUUUCCCACCGUUUCUUGUUUGUAGUUCGUUAAAUCAUCCUAUUACAGAGCUGAUUUCCUUCCUGGCCGUACUUGUUGGGGUGCUGGAUUUUUUCCAUGUCUUUAGUCUUCCGUAAAUUCAAAAAUAUAUAUAAAUAUAUAUAUAUAUGUUCUCUUCUUUAGCUUGUGGUGAAUACAGUAAUUUGCAUUGAAAAAAUAAAACAGUUGUUGCCUUUUUUGACUAAGA